UAAAGUAUUAUUUAUGUUAAAUAAUAUUUAUAAUUAAUUCUCUAGCAUUCUAUUAUUUAAGAAUAAAUAAUUUCUAAAUUUGAAUUACUACAACAAGGUAUUUGCGUGUUAUAAAAAUUACACAAAAAAUGCGGGUAGGUAUUCAUUAAAUAAAACCGCGUGAAGUUUCUAUUACAUAGUGUAUUAGUGAUCAAUGUGGAUUUUGAGUGUUGAAUUGUGUAGAUUUAUAUUAAAAAUGGCUAUUUAGCAGGCACCAACAAGAUGGAAGUACAAGAGUUCGCCAACUCGUCGACGGCUUCCAUAGUGGAGUCCAGCCUGGAGGAGAAGCAUCGCUGGCGCUUCCUCAGGAGAGGUCGCCUGGUCGCCAGCGGCUCCAGCUGCGACGCUGACAUCUCCGCUAUCGACUGCGACCGCGACCUGACCCCCGGCAGCCUGGAGGUGUGGGUCGACCUGCCCGACGCCAUAAAGUACGACCCCGCGCUUGCACCCUUCAAGGAGCUAUACGAGCAACAACAUGGUAAACUGGAGUCAACACCCGCCACCCCAAUUACACCUGAAGGGGACAGUUUGUAUGAUAAGAUGUUCAACAGACAGACAUCGGAGACGAAGAUCGAUGCGCUCCAUACAGAUAGAAAUACCAAUUGCAAGGAUUUGGAUAACAGAUUAAUAGACCCAAAAAUACCUGAUGAUGCAGAAAAGAAAAAACCACCAUCGGCACGGAAAAAACAGCUGGACAGAACCAUUCGAGUGGUGAAACUGUCAGCGCUGGUGGCUUGCUGGGCGCUGCUCACGAUCUCUCUGCUACUGAACAACGAGAGGAGCGAAGUGGUGCUUCAUACUGCUGUCAAUGUUGGAGAACUACAAGAAUAUUACCUGAAAUCAACGCAAGAAGACUUCGCAGUGUCCAUCACUGUAUCCGGGCCGUUCGCUGAUUCUAAGGGCAACGACACCACCACCCUGCAGUUAUGGCUUCACAGGAGUUCUGGAGAAACGGAACCGAGCCAGGAUUCAAAAUUUUGGAUUAUACAUCUACAACCGGAUGACGUCAUAAACUUUUCGCCCAGCGCUUCGGAAUCGCGUACUCUCCUUUUGGAUAAAAUCAGUCACACCAAAAAAGUAUCACACACUUCAAAUACCACAGCUGAGAAUGUCUCUUCUGAUGGCAGUAAUGGAACCAGCGUGUAUCUCCAUCUGAGUAGCAGCAGCAACAGGACCGCACCGCUGACGGUGAGCUACCAGCUCGACCCGCUGUCCAAAGAAGACGGCAUCAUCUACGCCACCGUACUGCUCUGCACCCUGUACGUCUUGAUCAUUUUUGAGAUAGUUAACAGAACCAUCGCAGCUUUAUUAUCAUCAUCUCUCGGAGUGGCUGUACUUGCUCUAAGCGGCGCGCGACCCUCGCUGCCGGAGCUGGUCUCCUGGCUGGACAUGGAAACCCUGCUGCUACUCUUCAGCAUGAUGAUCUUGGUGGCUAUACUAGCUGAAACUGGCUUAUUUGAUUACUUGGCAGUUGUUGCAUUUGAGGUGACUGGGGGAAGAACGUGGCCUCUGAUCAACUGCCUCUGCUUCUUCACGGCCUUCUUCUCCACGUUCCUCGACAACGUCACCACUGUUCUACUGAUGACGCCGGUCACUAUACGGUUGUGCGAAGUAAUGCAACUGAACCCCGUGCCGGUUCUGAUGUCGAUGGUGAUAUUCUGUAACGUGGGGGGAGCGGCCACCCCGGUCGGCGACCCGCCCAACGUCAUCAUCGCGAGCCAUCGCUCUGUGCUGAAUGCGAACAUAAACUUCACAUCGUUCACACUGCACAUGGGCGUGGGCAUCCUGCUGGUGUGCGUGCAGACGUACGUGCAGCUGCGCUACAUGUUCCGGGACAUCAACACGCUCAGACACAGCGUGCCCAGGGAUAUCGUGGAGAUGCGUCAAGAAAUAGGUGUUUGGAAGAGGGCCGCAGCAUCACUCACUUCUUAUUCCAGAGACGAAGACAUCGUUAAACGUACUUUAGAGAAAAAAGUGCAGAGACUACAAACGAUACUGUUAAAACGUGAAACCAAAAGCGGCAAGUCGAAAGCGGACCCACAUUUUUGUUCCACCCUGGCACAGAUGAAACAGAAAUACCGCAUCAGAGACAAGCAGUUGCUCAUAAAGUCGGCAGUUUGCGUCACAUUCGUUGUCGUGGUAUUCUUUCUUCACGCUAUUCCUGAAUUACAAAGGUUAUCUCUUGGCUGGACUGCAUUGCUUGGAGCACUGCUGCUUCUACUUCUAGCAGAGAGAGAAGACCUGGAACCUAUAUUGGCGAGAGUAGAGUGGUCUACUCUUCUUUUCUUUGCUGCUUUGUUCGUGAUGAUGGAGGUUCUGUCGAAGUUGGGACUUAUCGCUUGGAUCGGAAGUUUAACUGAAUCCCUCAUAUUGAAAGUCGGUGAAGAGUCCAGGCUCGCGGUCGCUAUUAUGCUCAUACUGUGGGUUUCGGGUCUAGCGUCGGCCUUCGUCGACAACAUCCCACUGACAACGAUGAUGGUGCGUGUGGUAGCAGCGCUCUCGGACCCGAGCGGUCUGGCGCUGCCUCUAGCACCGCUCGCGUGGGCUCUUAGCUUUGGUGCCUGCCUUGGAGGUAACGGCACACUAAUCGGCGCGAGCGCGAACGUGGUCUGCGCGGGAGUGGCAGAACAACACGGCUACCGGUUCACCUUCAUUCAGUUCCUCAAGAUCGGCUUCCCCAUCAUGGUGGGAAAUCUCGUUGUGGCAUCCGUGUAUCUCCUGUUCUGCCAUAGCGUCUUUACUUGGCAUUGACUCGGCAAACCCAAGGGAAUCAUAAUAACAAUGCGAAAAUGGCAAACAGGACAAACUACAGUGAGCAGUGUGAUCAAUGGAUAACUUGGAUCUAAUGCCGCAGUCACUAUUCUCUUUGUGCUGCCAAUACCAAUGAAUCCUCUGAGCUCAGACACUGCUCAUUUGACUCGCGCUCAAAAAGCAACGAAAUAGUGAGCAGUGGAGCGGUCAAUAAGCCAGAGUACCAUUGCCACACUACGUCUUUCCCUUCUUUCCUCGCUACUUACCAUGCCCCUUGUCGAGUGUGUGGCAAGCCUAUAUUUUAUUGUAAGAGAUACAUUUCUUUUCAUAUAUGCACAUUCCAAAUGUAGUCGAAUGUAAAAAGCAAUAUAGUUACAAAUUACAACAUUAUUUUUUUCUUUUAGUUCAGAAAUGUCCGCGGCGGCAAAUUCAGGCGUAAACGUCGUUUCUAACAAUUUUCUGUUAUGAUUUCUAUGGACUUGCCAGAUAAAUUAUUCCACGCAUGUGCGUUACAGGGGUGCGGGGUGUGACGAUAGAGGGGUGCGACAGAGGAGCGGGCGAAGGGGCGGCGCCAACUUCAUUCAUUUAUUGUCAGGCGCAGGUGUUGCCAACUCUAUCUCUUAAUAUGAGAUCUGGCAUAAGAAAUAUAUACCCUCUCUGUCUGGGGUAAUUAAAUCUGUUAUUUAAUUAGGAUGAUAAAUAAAUGAUAGAAAAUAGAACAUUGACACGUUACAUAUGGUUUGUUUAAUUGCAGUUGAUAGUAUUAAAUGAAUAUUUUUUAAUUUAUUUAAUGUCCUUUCUCAUUGGUUAAAUAAAAAAAUCGUACACUAGUUAAUAGAAUAUAUACCCAAAAAAAAAUAAAAAGUAAAGAUCUGCUUUCACACUGCAACGGUGGUGUUGCCAGAUAUAAACACUUAAGUAAUGUUAUACAAAUACCCUCAUCAGUUAUAUACUUAUUUCAUACUUGAUUUAACUGUAUUAAUGUUUAACUGCCUUUGAAGUUUUAGUUCAGUUUUAGUUUGCCUUUUAGUUCAUGGUUUCCUAGAUUUUGUAUGAAAAAUGUGUUUGGCCGCAAUUUAACUAAGAAACCUAUUUGCAAAGCAACCUAUUUGCAAUGUGUCACUGUGAAUAUUAUAUAUAAUUUAUUUCAUAGCACUAAUGAGUGACAAAUGAAGUCCAUGUGUCACCCGCAGCCAGCCAUAUGCGUACGACGACUAUGAUGCGGUUUGCCUUUAAGGUUACAAGUAUUUGCUACUGAUUGAUAGUUAUUGAAAGAGCAUCUCCCACAAUGGGAUUCAUUAAACAGAAUCACUAUCUUCUUUGGCAAGGACUGUGAUUCUUGUUUUCAUUGUAAUAUUAUAGAGGUCCAAAUGUACCCAUUUUCUUCUCUCUAUCGUCGACGGAAUUAGUUAAAAGUUCAAAGUACUGAUGACCUUGAACUUGGUUAAUUUAUUUUCUUAUUAUCCGCCAUUAAACCAGUUACUUAAAACUUAUCCAUAUGUGCCAAAAAUUGUGCGCACUUUACCUAUCAAGCUCCUGUGAGAUAAGGGGCGUGUUCCUGUGGGUUUUAGGCCUCCUGUAUAACCAGGGACAGUCAGUAUACAGUUCUAAUAGAGACUUUUUCAUAAUUGAAAAAGCUGUCCUAAUUUUAGACAAUAGUUCUACCAGUAUUAAAUAAAUAUAGUACAUAAAUGAAUGUUAAAUACAUACUUAAUUAGAAUGAAUUUGUAUUAUUAAGAAUCCUAUUCGUAUUAGACUAAUGAUCUAAUUAGUCAAAGUUGUUUCGUUAUUAUUUUUAUUCUUAUUUAGCUUUAGAAUACAAGUACUAUUACAAGAAUUAAGCUUAAAACAAUUAUAACGUACACAAAGCCCGAACAAUUUAAAUAAGUAAGUAGGUUUUAGGAAGUUAACAUAUUACUUACGUUUAGGGAAACUUUGGCAGUGUCUCGUACUUCAUAGAUGUAACACUGCCUCACCUGAGGACUUGUAUUGUAGAAGUAAUUUGUAUAUGUACAAUUUGUACUAUGUCUACAUGUCUAUACAUAUUUUAUCAGUAAAAACAAAAAAUUAAGUUUUAUUAUUAUGUCUACAACCAUUUCAGAACCAGUGAAUUUUCCAAAAUGUGUAUUUAAAUUGAUGAAGUGAGAAAACAUUGAACAUCUUUAAUAUCAAAAAGGCAUUGAAAUUUUCCGAUUUAAUGAAUUAAAUUGUAUAAUAUUUAUAUAUUAAUUGAUUAUGAAACACAACUAAAACUCACGUGAUAUUAGGUCGGAGUAAGCCCGACUAGUUUCGAACCCAUACGGGGCCCUUAGUCAUGAGCUGGUACUUGCAACGCGGCACGUAUAAUUACAAAAGCUUGUAAGCAUAAAGUAUAAUUACAAAAUUGUACUUCAUCCAUUAAACCUAUGUGAUCUAAUCCUUGAAAUUUUCCUAUUUGUUUAUGAAUUCUUUUAGCUACGAUAUUUUUGUCUAUCAUCACACAACAAUCUAGUUUGAUCUGAUUUAAUAUUCAUAUACCUAUGAAUUUUGAAUGGGAUCAGUGUAGUAGGAUCAUUCACCCGCUGAGUAUCAAAUUCUCAAACAAAGGAGGUUAAAUUUAACACUCAGCGGCUGAAUGAUCCCCUGGGGGUGCCCCUACAACGUCUGUGAAUUCCACUGUAAGAUUUUUAAGACAGACAAAUUCUUACGAUAAUUCUCAAUGUACCUAAUUACAAAUAUCAAUACAAUUGUUAUUUUUAUAGUUUUAAUAAUUGAAACUGUUCAAUAAAAUUUUAUUUUCAUUUUAA